UUUUUCUUUCUUUUUUUUUUUUUUACAAAAGUGCCGAGAGCGGAAGGGAACAAUGUUGAGGUCCUGACUAAUAUUGAAUGGAUUAGCAAUCUAUUCUGAGCACUAAUGAGAUUAGAGUGUCAUCAUAGACAUGGGUCGCAGCGGCAUGGUGCCUUUUGUUGAGCUCCUUGGGGAUUGUUUUCGCUGUCAGUUCUUCAGCACUGGAAAUGGCGUUGUGAUGCUGAACGAGGAAGACGCAGCUGAGGCGGAUGCCAGGGAAUAGAAUUUACGUGGUCACCUAUGCUGGUCUGUGGUGUGGAUUCGUAGUAGCGGUGGACAAUAUGGUGAAAUAUCAGAAAUAUAUUACUGUCAUGCAGCUGGCUUUGGGAGUGACUGCCAUAAACAAAGAGGAACGCCUUCCUCCUAAGAGAAAGAUGUGGGUGACUCCCAGCCCCCUGAUCCCCAAAAUGCCUCAGCCACCUAUGAUUCGGAACCAGGGCCGGCCGUCGCUGCGGAGGAUCAAGGGUCGCAUUCACCGGAGCAAGAGCCUGGACAGCGUCGACCUGCUCGACUCCAACAGUGCGGCAAUGGAGGAGACUGUAAUAUGGGAACAGCACACAGUGACUCUUCACAGGGCUCCAGGGUUCGGCUUCGGGAUCGCCAUUUCGGGUGGUCGGGACAACCCUCAUUUUCAGAGCGGGGAGACCUCCAUCGUUAUCUCCGAUGUACUGAAGGGGGGCCCGGCAGAAGGACUGCUGCAUGAAAAUGACCGCGUCGUGAUGGUCAACGCUGUUUCCAUGGAUAAUGUGGAACACGCCUAUGCCGUGCAGCAGCUUCGGAAAAGUGGGAAAAAUGCAAAAAUUACGAUCCGGCGGAAGAGGAAGGUGCAGGUCCCCAUGGCGCGGCCGGGCGAGCGGGAGACCAUGUCGGAGCACGAGGACGAGGACAGCUACGAGGAGGAGAUGGACGCGCACACCGACCCCAGCGCCUGCAGCGGGGCGGGAGCGGCCAGCCGCCGGCGGAACGAGCGCGGCGCCGCCCGCCGCGACAGGAGCACCUCCCGCGACCGCAGCCUGUCGCCCCGCUCCGACCGCCGCUCCGUCACCUCCAACCUGCCCCCCCGCCCCGCCAAAGUCACCCUCGUCAAGUCCCGCAAGAAUGAAGCAGAAUAUGGCCUGCGAUUGGCCAGCCACAUCUUCGUGAAGGACAUCUCCCCAGAGAGCCUGGCCGCGCGGGACGGCAACAUCCAGGAGGGCGACGUGGUGCUGAAGAUUAAUGGCACAGUGACGGAGAACCUGUCCCUAAUAGACGCCAAGAAGCUGAUUGAGAGGUCAAAGGGCAAGCUAAAGAUGGUGGUACAGAGAGACGAGCGGGCAACCCUGCUCAACAUCCCAGAUCUCGACGACAGCGUCCCCUCUGCCAACGCCUCUGACAGAGAUGACAUCUCAGAAAUUCAUUCACUGGCAUCCGACCAUUCCAAUCAGUCACAUGACAGAAACCGCCGCAGUCAGUCGCGCUCGCCCGACAGGCGGUCUGACCCGUCUGACCAAUCCCGGCACUCUCCACAGCAAGUCAGCAACGGCAGGACUGCAGAGUCCGUCAAACACAGAAAACUCCUGCCCCACAGAAGUCGAGAGGACGAGAGGAUUUCAAAGCCAGGGGCAGUUUCCACUCCUGUAAAAUUAUCAGAGGAAGUGAUAAUCUCCAAGCAGACCGAAGAGGAAAAACAGACCCCCCCAUUGCCAGAACCCAAGCCAGUGUACGCUCAACCUGGCCAGCCAGAUGUGGACCUGCCCGUCAGCCCCACUGAUGCCCCUGUGCCUGCUGCUGCCCAUGAUGAUGGCAUUCUCAGGCCGAGCAUGAAGCUGGUGAAGUUUAAGAAGGGGGAGAGCGUGGGGCUGCGUCUGGCGGGCGGGAACGACGUGGGCAUCUUUGUGGCGGGCGUGCUGGAGGACAGCCCUGCUGCCAAGGAGGGCCUGGAGGAGGGAGACCAGAUUCUCAGGGUAAACAACGUAGACUUUGCAAAUAUAAUUCGAGAAGAGGCGGUGCUGUUCCUCCUUGAUCUUCCUAAAGGUGAAGAAGUCACCAUCCUGGCCCAGAAGAAGAAGGAUGUGUACCGGCGGAUUGUGGAGUCGGACGUGGGCGACUCGUUCUACAUCAGGACCCACUUCGAGUACGAGAAGGAGUCGCCCUACGGCCUGAGCUUCAACAAGGGCGAGGUGUUCCGCGUGGUGGACACCCUCUACAACGGCAAGCUGGGCUCCUGGCUGGCCAUCCGCAUUGGCAAGAACCACCAGGAGGUGGAGAGGGGAAUCAUUCCCAACAAAAACAGAGCGGAGCAGCUGUCCAGCGUGCAGUACACCCUGCCCAAAACGGCCGGGGGCGACCGCGCCGACUUCUGGAGGUUCCGCGGCCUGCGCAGCUCCAAGAGGAACCUGAGGAAGAGCCGGGAGGACCUGUCGGCCCAGCCCGUCCAGACCAAGUUCCCCGCCUACGAGAGGGUGGUGCUGAGAGAAGCGGGGUUCCUGAGGCCGGUGGUCAUAUUCGGACCCAUUGCUGACGUGGCACGGGAGAAGGUGGCCAGAGAAGAGCCUGACCUGUUUGAGUUAGCGAAAAGCGAACCCAGAGAUGCUGGGACAGACCAGCGGAGCUCCGGAAUCAUCCGCCUCCACACUAUCAAGCAGAUUAUCGACCGGGAUAAGCACGCGGUGCUGGACAUCACGCCCAACGCAGUGGACCGGCUGAACUACGCCCAGUGGUACCCCAUCGUGGUGUUCCUCAACCCCGACAGCAAGCAGGGGGUGAAGAACAUGAGGACCCGGCUUUGCCCCGAGUCCAGGAAGAGCGCCAGGAAGCUGUACGAGAGAGCCCUCAAACUGAGGAAGAACAACCACCACCUCUUCACCACCACCAUCAACAUGAACAACAUGAACGAUGGCUGGUACGGAGCGCUGAAAGACACCAUUCAGCAGCAGCAGAACCAGCUGGUGUGGGUCUCCGAGGGAAAGGCGGACGGUGCCCCCGACGACGACCUGGACCUGCAUGACGACCGGCUGUCCUACCUGUCGGCGCCGGGCAGCGAGUACUCCAUGUACAGCACGGACAGCCGCCACACGUCCGACUACGAGGACACGGACACGGAGGGCGGAGCCUACACAGACCAGGAGCUGGACGAGACGCUCAACGACGAGGUGGGCCUCCCCACGGAGCCCGCCAUCACCCGCUCCUCCGAGCCCGUGCGCGAAGACCCGCCCGUCAUCCAGGACCCCCCGGGGUACGCCGGGUACCCCCACAACGCGCAGCCCGAUCACCUCAACCGGAUAGACCCGGCCGGGUUCAAGGCCCCUGCGCCCCAGCAGACAGCAGAGGCUGCCGCCGCCGCCGCCGCGCCUAGCGUCCCACAGCAGGCCGAGCCGCCGGCCGAGACAGCGCCCCCUGCUGUCGACUCGGUACUCGUACCUGAUAAGACCCCUGAGGAGGCUCCCGCAGCUCCCCAGGGUGACCCCAGCCCGCAGGCUGACUCGCUUAGGAGACCCACCCCUGAGCUAGCCCCGCCCCUGACACAUGACCCCCACCAAUCCGGACCGCCCGAUUCAGAGCCAAAGAUGUACCAGAAGGACCCGUACGGCCUGGAGGACCCGGCGCGGCCGCACGGAGUGAAGCCCCAGCAGCCGCCGGCGGUGGGCCCGCCGCUGAGCUACGAGCCCCAGCCCGCGUACCCCAGCGAACAGCCAUACAGGGACUACGAGCAGCCCGCCUACCGCUACGACGGGGGCGGCAACUACCUGGAGCCCAAGCCCCAGGGCUUCGACCCGCACCUGCACUAUGAGAACCGCGUGCCUCAGUACGACCAGCAGUGGGCGCCCUACGGUCAGCAGCCCUCGCCGCAGCCGCCGGGCUACCAGCCGCCCCGCCAGCCCUACGAGAACCAGCACCCGGCGGGCUACGAGCCGCGGCUGGCGUACGAGGGCGGGGCGGAGCGCGAGUACAGCCCCCCGCAGCCGCGCUACGACGAGGCCCCCGCGGGCUACGACGGGCGGCCGCGCUACGAGCCCCCCCCGCCCAAGAGCUACGGCAAGCCGGCGCCCGCGCCCGCGCCCGCGCGCUACGAGGAGCUCCCGCCCCCUCCCUCGGCGGGGUACGACGCGCGCCCCCGCUACGAGCCCGAGGCGCACUCCUUCCCCCCGCCCGCCUCCCGCUCCCCGGAGCCCCCCAAGCAGUACUACGGGGACCCCGCCCCGCGGCCGCCCUACAACCCGGGGCCCCCCAACCGCGGCUACAAGCCGGGCCAGUUUGAGCCCGCCCUGAACUCGGACGCCCCCUUGCCCCCUCCCAAACCGGAGGUCCUCACCUCCCCCGGGGAGCCUGCGGUCGGCGCGCCUCCCAAACCCCUCCCCCCGCCCUCCAGCGAGGAGCCGGAGGACGACCCGGCCAUGAGGCCUCAGUCUGUGCUCACCAGAGUCAAGAUGUUUGAGAACAAGCGCUCUGUGCCUGGGGAGCGGAGCAAAGAGGGAGCAGACCCUGCAGUUCUCAGGACAGUGGAAUUGCCACCCAAACCUGUCAUUGCCCCUGGCCCUGUCCCCAAAGCCAACUCUCUCAGUCACCUGGACCAGGAGAAGCCCACCUACAGAGCUCCGGAGCCCCAGAGGCCCAAAGCGGCGGAGGACAUCGUGCGCGCCAACCACUACGACCCCGACGAGGACGAGGAGUACUACAGGAAGCAGCUGUCCUACUUCGACCGCCGCAGCUUCGACAACAAGCCCGCCCCGCAGCCCAAGACUGCGCCCGCACAGCCUGUGCAGAACUACUCUAGUAGAUUUCUUGGUACUUACACUAGCUUUGACCACCUGAAAAGGAGUCAAACGUGGCCGGAUUCGGGGGAGAAGGCCAGUCCCGUACCCCAGAUAACCCCGCCCCCCUUACAGUACGGCCAGCCCGGCCCAGCUGCCCCGCCCGCCACUCUCCCCAAACCCGUCACCCCUGAAGUGACCCCCCUGCCCGAGCCUCACGGGUCGCCGAAAGCCAAGCCGGACCCGUCGGCACUGAGACCCAACAGCAGGGAAGACAUGGUGCAGAGCAACUACCUGCCCCAGAAGAGCUUCCCAGAGAAGUCCCCGGUCAACGGCACCGACGCCCCCGCCAAGCCCCCGGGCGCCCCGGCCACCUCCAGCUACAACCGCUACGUCCCCAAGCCUUACACCAGCUCGGCCCGGCCCUUCGAGCGCAAAUUCGAGAGCCCCAAGUUCAACCACAACCUUCUGCCCAAUGACACGCUGCCCAAGGUCGACCCCGCCCCCAAGCCUGCGGGCGGAGUCCCGCCCCCGAUCCUGGCGAACAGCGUGACGAAGCCCCAAAGCUCCCCGCAGCCGGUGGAACUGGACAGUGGAUUGGACACCUUCACGCGCACCCUGGACAACAGGCCCAAAUACCAGCACAACAACAUCAAUGCUGUACCCAAGGCCAUUCCAGUCAGCCCCAGCGCACUGGAGGAUGACGAGGAGGACGAAGGACACACGGUGGUUGCCACGGCCCGGGGCAUCUUCAACAGCAACGGCGGCGUGCUGAGCUCCAUCGAGACGGGCGUGAGCAUCAUCAUCCCGCAGGGGGCCAUCCCCGAGGGCGUGGAGCAGGAGAUCUACUUCAAGGUCUGCCGGGACAACAGCAUCCUGCCGCCCCUGGACAAGGAGAAGGGAGAGACUCUGCUCAGCCCCCUGGUGAUGUGCGGCCCGCACGGCCUCAAGUUCCAGAAGCCGGUGGAGCUGCGCUUACCUCACUGUGCGUCUAUGACCCCCGACGGUUGGUCUUUUGCUCUAAAAUCCUCCGACUCCUCGUCGGGUGAUCCCAAGAGCUGGCAGAACAAAUCUCUCCCAGGAGAUCCCAACUAUCUGGUUGGAGCAAACUGUGUGUCUGUGCUCAUCGACCACUUCUGAAGAGGGAAACAGCUGGUCUGUUAAAGAAUGUGAAAACUGGGGGACAACAGAUAAGCAUCUCGCCCCUGGCGCACCGCUCAAUGAAGUAUUAACCCUUAAUACUGUAGUCCAAGGGCAUUUACUACACCCACAAAACCCGCAAGGGGAACGAAGGAGGCUCACAUUCAAAAAGUGCUGUUUUUAUUUUUUUAUUUUUUUUGGUGCUUAAAGGCUCGCAAAAAAGAAAAAAAUAAUAAAAAAAAUAAAUAAAAAUUUAAAAGUAGUAACUCUAACCAUUGUUGGAAUGCAUGCCCAGUGCCAGAGACUGCUGAAUCUGAUUUUAUGCGCCAAGUUUUCCUAGUCUGACAAAAAAACUGCUUUGUGAUGAUGUGACGAUUUUUCAUUCAUCAUUAAUUUGAAGGAUAUUUAAAAAGAAGAAAUGGAAUGGUUUAUAUAUAUAUAUAUAUAUAUAUAUAUAUAUAUAUACAUAUAUAUGAAUUUUAGUAAUAAUAUAAAUAAUACUGCAUAUAGCAAUUUUUUUCUUUGCCAUUAGUUGCACAGGUAAGGACUGUGGUCACAUUUUUUGACGGAUUUGUGAAGGUUUGGAAAUGCUGUGCCUGAAGAAUGAGAGUGGUGUUUUGGAAGCUGUCUGGAGACUGGAACAGACAAGAUUGGGGAAAAAAAUGAAGCUGAAGUAUUGCAAACGGAUUUACUGAUCCAGCUCGUACCUCCAACCGGCUCUCUUGGUUUAGAACUAUGUUUUAAAACUGUUUUACCUUAUUAAUAAGCAGACUGACUUUUACAUUGUUUUUUUAACAUCAGAACUCUCCUGCUGUCUAGAGAUCUAUGCAUGUGCUAUGACUCAGGUCCUGAAGCCUGCUCAGUCCAACACACAUAAAAUCUCCAUUUUACACUAACAAGCAGUGAUGCCUUAUCUGCAUAUUAUUCACUAUUUUCAGUACCUGAAAUACUUUAGAUUUCUUUUAAGUUAUGAUAAAUUAUGGAAAAAAUGAAGAGGUGUCUUUUGCCAUUUUGUCAACCCACUGUAUAAUUAAACUUGGGUUUAGCACACAAGAAUAAUCAAGGCUGAGGAAAAGGUAUGCUCUCUUUUUCUGCUAUGCAUAUGAAACAAAAAAGGAAAAACUGAAGUGUUUAAAAUAUGGCUGUACAUAAUGCUAGCAUAUAUGGCCUUGGUUCUUGGUUUGUAAAUGAACUUUUGUAUGUCUUUGUUAUUUUAUAUAAAACUAAACUGAGAAAAAAUAUUUCUAAAAAAAAAAGAAAAAAGAAAUUAAAUUGGUUAUCUUUGUAUUCUGGUUAUACCCUUGAGCCUUGGAACUUGUAACUUAUCAGUAAUAAAUCCAACUUUUCUACCAGUAUAUACACACUACAUGUAAACAUUUUUAAUGGUCACAAAAACCUUUGUAUGCUUAUUUACAAAAGAAAAAAAGUGCUUGGUUUAAAUAAUUUAAACAAUGUGUACUUUAAAGGGUCUGCUUUGAGAAGUGUUCCCUUCCUUCAUUUGUGAUACUGGAUGCUGUAUUGUGUGCCCUGAAAUGUAUUUUUGUACUAAUAGACAAUUUAUUAUGGCACAUCAGUACUAUUUUCUUUAGAUUAUAACACAGGCUUCAAUCAGAUAUUAGCUUUUCUUCACGUGUGGCUGAUAAUAUUUUUGUUUGUUUUUUGUUUUCCUUUUUUUCCUUUGCAACACAUUUCUAAGUAUACCACUGUAUUGAUUAAUAAAAUCAUUUUUAAAGUAAA